AGGAAGCCGGAAGGGGCGUGGCAAAUGCGGGCGGAAGCCGGAAGGGGCGUGGCAAAGGUGGGAGGAGGAAGCAGGAAGGGGCGUGGCGUGGCGGCCCUGGAGGUGGCGAGCCCCUUCGGUGCGCUCUUCGCCUUGGAACAUGUCGGAGGGAGUGGACCUGAUUGAUAUCUACGCUGACGAAGAGUUUAACCAGGAUUCCGAAUUCAGUAAUGCUGACCAGAUGGACCUGUAUGAUGACGUGCUGACUGCCAGCUCACAGCCCCCUGAAAGCCGCACCAGCAGCUUGGAGCCACCCCCUGAGAUCCGCCAGGAGCCCCCCCCCAAACCCAACAGCAAAGCCCCUGCCAUCCUGUAUACCUACAGCGGGCUGCGUAACAAGAGGGCAGCUGUCUAUGUGGGCAGCUUCUCCUGGUGGACAACCGACCAGCAGCUGAUCCAGACCAUCCGUUCAGUGGGUGUAUAUGAUGUGGUGGAGCUGAAGUUUGCGGAGAACCGAGCCAAUGGCCAGUCGAAAGGGUAUGCGGAGGUGGUGGUGGCCUCUGAGAACUCGGUCCACAAGCUGCUGGAGCUCCUGCCUGGCAAAGUGCUCAAUGGGGACAAGGUGGAGGUGAGGCUGGCCACCCGGCAGAACCUGUCCCAGUUCGAGGCUCAGGCUCGCAAACGCGUGCCGCCGAGGGCCCACUCGCGGGACUCCUCUGACUCGCUGGAUGGCCACGCCACACCAACGGAGAAUGCACUGCCGCCCAGCCGCCUGGAGAAGCCCCCCUCCAUCCUGCCCUUCUUCAACCGCUCCCCCGCUGCCCUGCCCCUCAUGGGGCUGCCCCCACCACCCAUGCCCCCUCUGCCGCCCCUCUCCUCCAGCUUUGGUGUCCCCCCCCCACCGCCCGGCAUCCACUACCAGCACCUCAUGCCCCCCCCACCCCGACUGCCCCCGCACCUGGCUGUGCCCCCUCCGGGCGCUGUCCCCCCGGCCCUGCACCUCAACCCAGCCUUCUUCCCCCCACCCAGUGCGGCCCUGGGGCCUCCACCAGAUGCCUACGGCAAAGCUUUGACCUCCUACAACCACGGCAGCCGGGAGCUCGGUCCACCACCUGCCCCUGUGAGCGAGGUGGAGUUCGAGGAGAUCAUGAACAGGAACCGGGCCAUCUCCAGCAGUGCCAUUUCCAAAGCAGUGUCGGGUGCCAGUGCAGGUGAUUACAGCGAUGCCAUCGAGACCCUCCUGACAGCCAUUGCCGUCAUCAAACAGUCCCGCGUUGCCAACGACGAGCGGUGCCGCGUCCUCCUCUCCUCCCUCAAAGACUGCCUGCAUGGGAUCGAAGCCAAGUCCUACAGCACAGGCUCCAGCAGCAGCUCCGCCAGGAAAAGACACCGGUCUCGGGAGCGCUCUCCCAGCCGGUCCCGUGAAAGCAGUCGGCGGCACCGGGACCUCCUGCACAAUGAGGAUCGGCAUGAGGAUUAUUUCCAGGAGCGGAACCGGGAGCAUGAACGGCAUCGGGACAGGGACAGAGAGAGGGACCGGCACCACUGAGACAGAAGUUUGUCAGUAAGUGGUUUUUAAUGGACUCGUAUCUCCUCACCUCAACCAGGACUGCGCCACCGAGGCUGCUUCACCCCUUGCCCACCACCCACGGCUCUUUCGGGGCACCCAAGGGACUCCCUGACACCUCGUGGCCUUGGGGCCUGAGCCCUCGCUCACACCCACUGCUACUGCUGCUUCCAGGGGAGAUGCUGAAAGCCAGGGGGCCCUGCUCUGUGAAUACUUGGACCCAAAGAGAAAUGGUGCUUUAUUUCCAUGGAGGGAGGCUCGUGAGCCCUUUCCUUUCACAGCCCUCCAGGAGUGGCUGGAAGUGGAUGGAUCCUCGGGGACACAGGGGCUCAGAGGCAUGCAGCUUUCCAUUUCAGCUGGAAGAGAGCUGGGCUGGGGUCGCCCCCUUUGCCCCAACUUUCACAGCAGGAUCACAGCCUCCAUGUUCAUCUCCCAGAACAGCAGCUCUGGCUGCCAGGAGUUGGUGGGGCCUCACACGAAGCCAGCCUCUCCCACAGAGCCUUCCUUGUUUUAGAGGAAGCAGAGGAGGCAGAGCUGCAAACCCAGGGACUGUGUGUCCCCUUCCCAGCUGCAUUUCUGCGCAUGGUAGUGCACUUGCAAGCUGGGACAGGUGGCAGGAACAAGGCCACGAGGUCCGUGUGCCCAGCGGGGCUGCACAGUGCUGUGCACAGCUGUUUCAAGGCCCAGGAGGAGCUCAUAGCCCCAUACAGGUCCCUCCAUCUAAGGUUGUGCACUGGAGGAGCCCAAUGGGUUCAGGCAAACUAAGGAGCCCCAAACCACAAGCCAGCCCCCGGGGAUGCCAGUUGGGUGGCAUCACCUUCAGAACUGUUGCUGGACAGGAGAAACCUGGCUCCACAGGUCUUUUUUAGGCUAAAGUCACACAAAAGAAAAAUUCUGUCAAGUACCAUUAGGUGCCUGCCAGCUUAGCAGGUGAAUGCUGGGGGGAAGCAUUUGGUGGGUGAGUUCUGUUUUUUUGUUUGUUUUUUUUUUUUUUUCUACUUAACGACACAAAUUUAUAGUUUCUUUCCAAUUAGUGGGGGGAAAAGUGCAGAGCAAACCCCUAUUAACCACCCGGCGAGGCGCUGCCCCUCCUGCCCGCAGUGACUAGGUUUGUUUGUCUUUCUGAUAGGUUGGAAAUUGUGUAAUAAACUUGAUGACAUUGUCAGUCUUUUA